AUGUUUAAAUUAAUCAAUCCUUUAAGAACUAUCAGACCAACUAACUUAGUUAGUAAAGUCAAACCACUCAGUGCAUUAAGAUUCAAUUCUGAUUUCAACUUUAAACCUUUAGGUUCAAUUCCAAAACAAAUCAAGUACACUCAAGAUCACGAAUGGUUAACAGUUCAUGAAAACGGUUCAUGUUUCUUAGGUAUUACUAAAUAUGCUGCUGAAGCUUUGGGAGAUGCUACUUUCAUUGAAUUACCUGAAGUCAAUGAAGUUUUCGAAGCCGGUGACACUAUUGGUUCAGUUGAAAGUGUUAAAUCUGCAUCUGAAAUCUAUACCCCAGUCGGUGGUAAAGUUAGAGCCGUUAAUGAAGUUUUGAGUGGUAACCCAGGUUUGAUUAAUCAAGACCCAAUGGGUGAAGGUUGGUUAAUCGAAUUGGAAGUUGAAACCGAAAACUUCGAUGAAUUAAUGGAUGAAGAAGGAUACAAAGAAUUCUUAAACCAAUAA